CGUCUAGCUCGGCGAGCCUGUCGGCGCGAGCGCGCUCGCAUGGCUGCGGUCGCGAAGAAGCCUGCGGGGACGGCCCAGAAGGGCAGGCCGCCAGGCAGCGUGACCACUGAGAUCGACGAGAGCACUCAGAAACUGAUCUUGCAGACCUUCGAAGCUGAGUUGGACGAGCCCGAGUCAGCCGAAUACGGGCCUCAACAAGACGAGGAUUCACUGCGCCAGAACGCCAGGCUAUUGAAGCGGCUGAGGUCCAUCACGAAUAACAAGAUCCCUGCCAAGAGCGUGCUCCAGAAACUCCUCCUUGAGUUCGCGGGCAAUCAGGAGUCCUCUCCAGGUUGGAAGCUCGCAGAUCAAGCUGAAUCGUGGAGUGAAGGGAGAGCAAGAUCGAUCCACUUGAUGCUGCAACACGUGGCGAACGGAGUGCGCAAAAACCCGAUACCGAAGUGGGCCAACGUGUUCGGACGGUCAGCUUGUGCCCCGAGUGCUGCAUCCGAGCUCGCCGAGGGCACCAACGAGGACGGCGAAACGGAUGACGGAGACGCUGCAGGAGAUGAGGAUGCUCAUGAUGAGGCUGAUGAGGAGGCCGAGGAGGAGCACAAAGCUGAGGACCCUGCAGAACCUGAUGAGCCAGCACAGCAUGAAUCACCAGCUGUGCCAGUGGAUGCAGCGGGCGAGCUUGUCGAUGGGUGGUUGGUCGGCUGGAGCAAGGAGAUGAAGGCAGCUUGGAGGAAGGACCCCGACAAGAAGGGCAAGAAAGUCUUAGUCGAGUACGCCGCGCUCAAGAAUGAGUGCGACAUCUCCUACGCAGUGUGGCCUGACGGCAUGAAGCUCAAGGUCCCUGACGAGCUCCAGGAGCCAACGCAGACCAAGGGGCGCGUGCUCGAGAAGCCAAUCUGGUCUGGCGAGAAGGGCGGUGCCAAGCUCGAGGCCAAGUGGACGAGGAAGCACGACAAGGAAUGGAUCACUCUCUGGAGCACGAAGGACAAGCAGCUGACCCAACUGUUAUCUCUCACUGGGUACCCCGACCGCGAGACGGGCGCCAAGGUGAUCUCUGAGCUCGGCGACUUGUAUGUUGGCGGCUACGACAAGCCGCAAUUAGAGGCGGAGAAGGCGAAGCGUGGUUACGGCAAGAAAGGCGCUCGCCCCAAAGCAAGUCUGAAACGUCCAGCUGCUGCGCUUGACGCCGCACCAGCUGGCGCGGCACCCGCCGAGGCCGCGGUUGAGCUGCCUCCCGAGAGCAAAGCUGUCAGUGCCCAGAUCAGCCCCCGUAAGAAGCCAGCAGCUGCCUCCGCAUACAGCACGCCGAGCCCGAAGAAGCAGAAGCCAGUCGUCGCUGCAGGUGGCGGUGCUUCGCCAGCGGCAGCCCCCUCGGUGCCCUUGGCAGAGGAAGAGGCCCAGCACCUUUCCACGAGCCGCCCGCCCAACAUGACGACUGACAAGGACGCCCACCUGGUGAUCCCGCCGCUUCCAGCGAUCCCUGAGAUCCCCUGCUUCGACUAG